AUGCUUACCUCUAACAAUGCCUGCUCAGUAUUGACAUCUUUUCAGUUAACCGGUAUCCCAGGCCUGGAAUCCCUGCAUAUUUGGCUUUCUAUUCCUUUUGGCUCCAUGUACGUGAUGGCUAUAAUGGGGAAUGUGACCAUUCUAGCAAUAGUAAGGGUAGAGCGCAGCCUGCAUCAGCCCAUGUACUUUUUUCUGUGCAUGUUAGCCAUCAUUGACUUGGUCCUGUCAACUUCUACCAUGCCCAAGCUGCUCGCUGUCUUCUGGUUUGGAGCCUGUAACAUUGGCCUGGAUGCCUGCUUGACUCAGAUGUUCUUCAUCCACUGCUUUGCCACUGUUGAGUCAGGCAUAUUCCUUGCUAUGGCUUUUGAUCGCUAUGUGGCCAUCUGUGAUCCACUACGUCACACCACAGUGCUCACCCACGAAGUUGUAGGUUAUUUGGGGCUGGCUGCCCUCCUCCGGGGGAUACUCUACAUUGGACCACUUCCCUUGAUGAUCCGUCUGAGGCUACCCCUUUAUCGGACCCAAAUAAUUGCCCAUUCCUAUUGUGAGCACAUGGCUGUGGUCACCUUGGCUUGUGGUGACACAACAAUCAACAACUUAUAUGGAAUGGGAAUUGGCUUCCUGGUAUUGAUUCUAGAUUCAUUGGCCAUUGCUGCCUCCUAUGUAAUGAUUUUCAGGGCUGUUAUGGGUCUGGCAACCCCUGAAGCUAGGCUUAAAACUCUGGGGACAUGCGGUUCUCAUAUUUGUGCCAUUCUUGUGUUCUAUAUCCCCAUUGCUGUCUCUUCUCUCACGCACCGUUUUGGUCAUCAUGUGCCUCCUCACAUCCAUAUCCUUUUGGCAAAUUUUUAUUUCCUCAUUCCACCUAUCCUCAAUCCAGUUGUAUACGCUGUCCGCACGAAACAGAUCAGAGAAAGACUUCUCCACAUUCUAAAGGCAGGUACUCAACCCAGGUGA